GUGCGCCUCACCGGUAGCGCGCGCAGUUGUGUUUCGCCACUCGAAAAGAAGGUUAUUGUUGCAAUGAGACGGGCAUCGGACUAUCGAUAAAGUGUGUUUGUAUGUCGUUUUCGUCGAUAAUAAGUGUUGUGUUUACUUUCACCCGUGCGAAUGUCUCAAUCCUUACCUUUUUGUUUGUUUCUUUUAAUCACUGCCGCAUGGGACGGCGCUUACGUUUCAGUUAACCUUUUAUUUUGAAACGAUGGAACGUUGUUCUUAUGGUUUUUACACCAAAAGAUCGGAGAUACUAGACAACAUCCAAAAGAAGAAAGAUCAAGAUAAGGAACAGAUCCAAAGUGCGGGGUUCCAGCAGGCGUCAAAAGGCGAGAAGGCCGGAGGCGGGCCAGAGAAUGCGAGCCCCGCAGUGACGCAGCAUGUCCCGGCGCAGCUGCUGUCCCCGCCCCCCGCGCCCGCGCACCAGCUCCAGCCCGCCGACAAGGACAAGACCAUCAAAGUAGCCAACUCCACCACAAUCACACUCAUCGAGAACGGCUCUCUCAAUGCUGACAAAGACAAAGACGCUAACUACCCUAAAAACUAUUUCACUUUAGAGCCAAAGAAUGAUAAAAAAGAUGACAGCAACAAAAAUAGUAUAACUAUAACUAGGACAGUGCCCAAACAGUCGCCCAGUCAGGACAAGUCAAAGGGGCAACAGAAGCCAAACAAGAGGCCAUUGCAGUGUUUGGAAACACUCGCUGAAAAGGCAGGAAUCACUUUCGAGGACAAAUACGAAGCUGCAAACACUCUAUUAGCAUUGGAUAAACAGAACAAUACCUUUCGAAGGCCCCAAGAAUUAAAACAGCCUAAAACAGAGCCGGACAAUCUUGUUCAAAACGAGGAGUAUAGAUAUAGGAAUCAGAAAGAAGAGGAUGAUAAAUUACAGAUCCAACAGCAAAUAAUUCAGCAACAACAACAGCAGCAACAGCAACUGCAGCAGCAACUACAGCAGCAGCAAUUGCAGCAGCAGUUGCAGCAACAACAACAGUUACAGCAGUUGCAGCAGCAGGCCUUGCAACGGCAGCACCAGGCCAUACAGCAGCAUAUUAAAAACCAGCAAGACCAACAAGAGCUAUUGCAGAAGCAGUUUCAACAUCAACAACAGCAGCAACAGCAGCAGCAGCAACAGCAACAACAGCAGCAGCAACAACAACAGCAACAGCAGCAACAACAGCAACAACAGCAGCAGCCGAAACAAGAGCUACAGCAAGUUACUCAACAGCAAGAUUUGCAACAGCAAAAGUUUUUGCAGGUGGUGAACAACCAGCCGGUGCACACGCAGCAGUUCAACGUGCCCGGCAUCGGCGAGAUCAACCUCAGCUUCCUCGCCUCCCCGCAGAGCAACGUUAAUCUGCUCUUCGACAAGAGCCAGAAGGCCGGCAUGAGCGGCGACAUCAAACAGCAACAACAAUUAGUAGACGGUCAAUCGCAAGUAGUCCAGCAGCAGAUGAGUAUGGCGCAGCACGAGCAGACGCAGCAGCAUCACCAGACGGUCACGGUCGUCUCCUCCAUGCCCAGCUCCCUAGCCGCCCACCAGGUCCAACAACAGCAGACGGCGGCGGGCAUGCAGCAGCAGACGAGCGCUGGCAUCUCUAGUAUGCCGCCGCUUCAGAGCUUACCCCCGAACACGCAGCACCCGCAGCAAAUCAGCGCGGAAUGGGGCCACAGCCGCGUGCAGGUGAUCCAGCAGCCGCUGCAGAACAGCACGUACCUGCAGCAGCUGUACAACGCGCAGGGCCCGCUGCUCAUGCCCGGCAACAUCCUGCACCCCGGCAUCAACUCGCAGCAGAUACAGGUGAUCGCCGCGGGAAAGCCGUUCCAGGGCAACCAGCUGGCUCCGCACAUGUUAACUGCGCAGGGCAAGCAAGUUCUGCAGGGGCAAGCCGUAAACUUUGCAGGUCUAACGACGUAUCAGGAACAAGCUCCGUUCCCAGGGUACACGACGAUCCCGGCCAUCCCCACCACGCAGAACCAGACGUUCGUGUUCAGCCCGCUGGGCGUGAUCAACUCGCAGCCCAGCCUGCUGCCCGCGCACUCGCAGCCCUCCGUCUCCGGCAUCUCGCACCAGCAGAAGACUAAUGAAAUGCACAAGGUGAUGAGCGGCGGCAAGGUGGCGGGCGGCAAGGGCGGCGGCGCGGUGGCGAGCGGCGCCGCCGCCAUGCCGGUGGCGGCGCAGUGCGUGCAGGUCUCGCAGCCCGUGCUCGGCGCACAGCAGCAGCAGGCGCAGAUCAUCAGCCCGCUGCAGAGCGGCGGCGGCACGAUGCAGUUCGCGCCGUGGCAGAUCUCGGGCGCGCUGCCGCAGGUGUGGGCCGGCGGGCUGCAGGCGGGCGUGCCCGCGGGCCCGCUGCUCGCCUCCAACCCCAUCUUCCUGCGCGGCGCGCAGCCCGACGCGCCCUCCAUGUUCAUACAGCACUCGCCGCAGAACACGCACACUCACAACAACGCGAGCGUGGCGUGCGCGACGGGCACGACGGCCAAGCCGCGCGCGUCCACCGAGGGCAUGGCCAAGGCGCCGCGGCCGCUCUCCACCAUCAUGCCGUCCGGCGCCAUCCGCCCCGCCUCCUCCGUCUCCACGCAGACCAACGCCAACCAGGCGCAGAACCAGGCAAAGCACCGGGGCAAGCCGGGAGUGCGGUCGCCGGCGCCGGCCGCCAAGCAGGACGCCGCCAACCAGACCAACAAGAUGCAGCACCAGAUGCAGCAGCCCAAGCAACAGGUUUUACUGAUGAAUUCGAGCGGGCAGAUGACGCAGAUAUCGAGUGUGCAAGACAAGCAACCCAUCACGAAGACCAUCCAGCAGCAAGCGAUCUUGCAGCAGCAGGCGUUGCAGCAGCAGCAACAGCAACAACAGCAGCAGCAGCAGCAGCAACAACAACAGCAACAGUUGUUGCAUCAGCAGCAAACUCAACAGAUGGUCCAGCAUUAUCAACAACAAGGGAUGACCCUCGGCAUGCAGCAAGGGUCGCUGCCGGUGGGGUCGGUGGCGCAGAGCCUGCCCAUGGCCGGCCUCCCGCAGACCAUAUCGAUGGUGCAGCAGAUACAUCCGGGCGUGCAGCUGAGCGGCAUGUCGCAGGCGGGCGCGCUCGUGGGCCAGCUCGGCGCGGCCCCGCAGGCGCAGGGCACGCUCGCGCAGGUCCAGGCGCUGCAGCAGCCGCAGACUCUCGUCGGCAGCGGGCUCGUCCAGACUUCAGUGGGGAUGGCCGUACAGCAACAAGCCGCUUUGAACCAUUCCACUGCGAUGCAAACGGUGGGCGGCGGGCUGAGCUCGCCGCAGCUGACGCUGGGCGGCGGCGUGGGGCUGCUGGCGGCACCGGUGCCGGGCGGCGUGCUGCCGCUGCCGCAGCCCGGCGCGCUGGUGCACGUCAAGAGCGAGGACGACAAGAGCGCGCCGCAGUCGCAGACGCCGGUGCAGCAGAUAGCCCCGCAGCCGAUGGCCACGGAGCCGACGGGCGAGCCGGCCGGGACUCCCUUCCCCGCGCCCGCGCCGCCCGCCCCGCCCGCCUCCGCCGCCGACACUCCGCCCACGCCAACCGCCACCGUCGGUCCGGCUAAUGGCGAGUCAAAGUCAACCGAAACCAAGCAGGACCCCGAGGCGGCGGCCGCAGCGCCCGCUCCCGCGCCUGCGCCCGCGCCCACUGCCGCUUCCGCCUCCGCACCCGCCCCUCCGCCUGCGCCCGUGCCCAGCAGCGCGCAGCACACCACACCUUCGGCGUCGCAGGUGGUGACGACGGUGGCGCCCAGCGCGCCGGCCACCACCACGGCCGCCGUCACCACGCCCGUGUCCUCGGGCGCGCCGCUCUUCAAGAGCACGCAGUGCGCGCCGCGCCACAUCAGCCAGCCAGACAAAGGGCUACCAAAAGCGAUGGUGAAGCCGAACAUCCUGACGCACGUGAUCGAGGGCUACGUGAUCCAGGAGGCGGGCGAGCCGUUUGCCAAUAAUGUUUUCAACCCCAAGGUGAACCGGCCGCUGCGCGAAUGGGCGGCCGACAAGGACGACAAGGAAAACAAGCAGCCUUCGAGCGACGAGCCCCCGCGCAAGCAGAUCAUCCGACUGCUGCCUGACCAAGAGAAUUAUACAGUAGUUCUCGCCGGGCUCAAACGCAAAAAGCAAAUGUUGGAAAGUGGCAGUAGUGGGCAUCAUCAUCUACCCCGCAUCAGCUCGAGCCAGGAGAACGACCGCGAGAGCAGCGCCAGUGCACGGGCGGCGGCGGGCGCGCGGGCGGCGGCGGGCGCGGGCGCGGCGGCGGGCGCGGGCGCGGCCGCCGCCGUCAAGACCGAGAGCGCCGCCAGCGCCGAGCCCGCGCAGCCGGCUGACGACGCCGCCACCAAGCCGCAACUCCCCAAUGUCAACAAGUGGACGGUGGCGGAGGUGUGCGAGUUCAUCCGCAGCAUCCCCGGGUGCGCGGGGUACGCGGACGAGUUCCUGAUGCAGGAGGUGGACGGCGAGGCGCUGCUGCUGAUCCGCGCCGAGCACCUCGUGAUGGCGCUCUCCAUGCGGCUCGGGCCCGCGCUCAAGAUCGUCGCCAGCAUCGACGCGCUGCGCCCCGACUCCGACCAGACGCAGCACGACCACGACUGAGAAUUGCUUUAAGUCCAUCCAGAGUGGGCAUCAAUAGAGUUAAGUACUACAGAAGUUUAGUGAUGUGUUCAUAGUUAAUUGUCCCAAGAAACGAAUUGUGUAAAGUCAUGUGUAUAUAGUUUAGUUUAAUGUUUCAAUUCAUAUACUGAAAAACCAUUGGUAAUACUCAUGUUAAUAGUAGUUGAAGUAUUUUAUAAGGUAUGUUGUAGUAACUUACUUAUUGUAAGUUUGUAUUUAUGUUAUUAAUUGAAUGUUAUGAAAUAUAUAUUUUUAAAUGAAUCUAAUGGACGUAAUAUUAUUAGCACAUAUUAUUUAAUCUAAAAUACCAUUAACCACUCAAGCUUUGUUUUUCAAACGUAUUCGCAGUGUGAAUAUUGAAUAAAAACAAGUAACUCGUUGUGUUUGUGAGUUAAGUAUCCUUAGGUCGAAACGUGUUGCAGGCUCCGCCUGGCCCGCGGCAGGGGCCCGCUCGGCCUCGGCCUCGGCCGCGAGUACUCGAGGACGAGUUGUCGAAAGUUCCGCCUAUUUAGUGUUAAGCGUCACACGCGUAAUAGUUUACGUUAUUCGAUGAUUCUAUCUUAUUGGGGAGCGUGUCCUUCCGCCGGCGCAGCGUCACCGCCGUCCACUUGAUGUCAUCGUGACCAUUACUCGUGUGAACAUCACCCAUUGUUCAAAAGUCUUGAGAGCAUUAUUCAACUUCGGCGUUCUCAUAACUAUAAAAGAAUAAUAAUAACUUUGAUUCAGAAGAAACAACAUCCAUUCAUUUCUGCAAUUAUUAUGAAUUACGGAUGGGUAGCGUAGGCUCACACCUGCCACAGUGAUCCACACAGUUUUUGAUAUCCAUUCAGUUUAUGAUAAUGAAUGAUGUAACUGCAAGUUCCUUGUAUUUAAAAAUGUAAAGAUUUUUGAUUUUUGACUAAUAUUAUUGAAAGAGGUAGUCAUUGAACUACAAUUUCAUGCCAUGUGUCAAAAAUCCUUACGAUUAGCCGAAAUGGAAUAAUAAAUAUCUCAAAUGUGUAAAGUACAUAACUGAAUUACGUAUCGAUGAGGAAAUAAAUACCAUUCACUCGUGUCAGUGUCACAAGUAAUAAAACACAUGGUUUAUAUAUUGGUCGAGUCGACAAGGUAAUCUCCUCGGCUCGCACAUAGCUCGGUAGGAGAGUAGAGGUGAAUGAUAAAGCACACCGUUCAUAGAGUACUUACUGCAAAAAAUGUAGUGAAUGCACGAAUGAAUCAAUGUCUGAAUGUUAUUUGGGCGUUUUCAAAAAUAAAUAUCGAAAACCCGAUUCUCAUAGAUCCCGGGGUUUGUGGAUCUUUCAACUCAGAAUCACUAGCAUAUUCGAUUAUGAUGAUAAAAUAAAAUGUCCCAAAAAUUUGUAUGAAAAUUGUACAUUCCACUACGUCACGCACAUACAAACAUUUUUUCAUACUAAAACGUGACGUAAUGGAAUGGACAUUUUGGGACAUCUUUUUUUAAUGGUGGGAUGGAGAAUGCUGUCGAUUCUGAGUAGAAUGAGCCCAAGAACGUCCAGAUGUGAAAGAAUCAGGUUUUCAAUAUUUAUUUUUGAAAACGCCCUUUAAGUGCAGAAACUUUGUGUUCAAUUUUACUAUUGGCUUUUGAAAUUAUCGAUACGAAGAAACAACAGUAAUUGCAAGAUCCUGUUGUCGCCUAUUGACAUACUGUUGUGCGCGCGACCUCAACUCUGGUGCCGACGACUGAUCUAACAUACUGAUACGUCUGCGUUGUAUUUAUUCACUAGUGAUUUUAAAUAGUACUAAUUCAAAUAAUAAUAUUAAUAACGUAGAUCUAAUAAUCAAUAUUUCUGACAAAUACCUAUUUUAGAAUUUUAUUUAAUGUAGUUAGAACAUAUUUCUAAUUGUGUAAUUUUUGGUGUCCUCUUAACGGAGAAGCAAUAUGAGUUUUACCAAUGGUUUUCUAAUUGUAUACUAAAACUUAAUGCUAGAAUUUAUUUGAUAAAUAAUUGUUAUUAAUCUAGAAUACGGCUUAAGUUUUCUUAUUGCAAGUGCAAUAAUAUUGGAAUAGUUUAUAAUUGUAAAAGAUAACUCAAUGUCAUCUUAUGAAUAGUACUAUUAAAAAGAUACAGUGUGGAAAGAUAAGUCAGGCCCUGGAGGGAAACUACCUUAAAUCCUUAAGCUGGCUCAUUUUACUUAAACGAGACAUUCCUUUAUUUUUAAAAAGAAUCAAAACUGCUUUUAAAGAUUUAAAAAAAUCGCUUGUCUCGACCAGGAAUCGAACCGAGUAAAACUUCUAAAAAAUAAACACUCGUUUUUUCUACUAGUCGAUACAGUUAAUGUUAAUGAUAACAUUUCUCCAAGAAACAUUAGGUCUUACACCCGUCUGUCGCACAAAAUAUCCAUAAAAUCCAAUACAUAUUUAGUACUCAAGAAUAUUUUUAGACAAGCGAAAUUGAAGAAAAAACGAAAAAUCUUUGAAUGCAGUUUUGUUUCUUUUUAAUAAUAAAGGAAUGUCUCCUUUAAGUAAAAUGAGCCAACUGAAGGAUUUAAGGUAGUUUCCCUCCAGGGCCCGACUUAUCUUUCCACACUGUAUAAUUUAACAUCUUCCUAAAAUUCGACUUAUUAUUAUGGUGCUAUAUAAUUUUGAGUUUGUGUGAUAGUUCUAUAUGUAUACCCGCGGCAAAGAUAAUUUAGACUAGAGGAAUAUUGUCGAAGUAAAUUAUGUAAUCAAUACAUUUACUCGAGAGUAGGCCAAAGGUAUCGCUCGAAUAGAUGGCACCAUAUCUUUGGCCUAUCCUCCACUAGAUGGCCAUACUUUUUGACAUUUAACAUAGUCAUUUCAGUGAAAAAAUAAGGAUCAAAAUCAAAUGGCGUUCUAAAAGUGUUAAUCAUUUGUGUUGAAAGAUGGCAGUAAAUGUACUGACUACAUAAUUUACUUUGGCAAUAUUCCUCUAUUUCGGAUUCUGUUUGCCCGCGACAAGUGGCCGCGCCCCGCGGCCCGC